AGACUCAGCAGUUCCUGUGCUUACAUAUGAUCAGCAUGAAAAUGACUCUUGGCCUCAGCUUCUUUCUGGCUCUUCUGGAUGCAGGGAUCUGCCUUCAGUGUGAGAUUUGUCAUGGCAUAGGAAGAAGCUGCUCUGGCCCCAUGAAAACUUGUAGUGGAGAUGGUGAAGAUACCUGUGCCACUAUUCUUCAUGAGGUCACGAUAGGAGGGAUGGUUAUCCCUUCAUCUAUCAAGUCCUGCCUGUCAUCCAACAUGUGCCAGAUUGGCCCUAUCACAAUGAACUAUGGGAAGGUAAAAGCACGGAGCCACUUGGCUUGCUGCACAGGCGAUGACUGUCAAACAGUUUCUAUCUCAUUGCCACCAGAGGACAAUGUGCCCAAUGGAUACCAGUGUCCUGCCUGCUACAGUGUGGACUCCUUCCAGUGUGGUAAUGAAGUUGUAAACUGCACUGGAUUUGAAACUCAGUGUGUUGACCUUGCUGGGUUAAUGAAUUCUGGAGGAAUGUCUGUGAAAGCUGCAAUGAAGGGUUGCACCACCAUUUCUGAAUGCAGUCUUGUAGGAGAUGGAAAAAACAAUCUGGGGAUGAUGGACAUAAAGUUAAAGAGGUUCCAGUGUUCACCAGCUUCUACUUCAGUCAUUGCAAGUGCUGCAUUUGCCCCUCCAUACACUCCCUUCCUCCCUAUCUGGUUAGGUUUCAUCUUAGGAAAGUACUUUUUUGACUUACUAGUACUGGGUUAAACAGAGUCCAUGACAAACUACAUCAGUGGCUUGCCCUGAGUACUGUUUGCUGUGGCUUCUCUUCUGUGGGGAUUUUGUUUUCAGAUUAGCUCCUUUUCCCUAAUUUCACAGAAUAAAGACUGUUUUUACACUG